AUGCCUGGUGUAAACCGCAUCUUGCGCCUUCGCGCCCACGACGUCGCCAAUUUGCUCAAUGCCCAUAGGUUAUCCUUUUACUCCUUUCUUUCCGUGGCCACCGUUUCUGCUGUUAUCAUCAAUGCUUUGAAAAACUACAGCAACUUCUAUUCAGUUGCGAUAUAUCUAUCUAAGAGCAGCCGCAGUGUCCUUGUGUUGGCAAAUUUCGGCGUUUUGUUGACCUUAGUUGCGGGUCAUAUCGUUCAGCGUAUCUUCUUUGGUUCACUCAGGGCAAAUGAAGUCGAGCGUCUAUACGACCGCCUGUGGUUCUUCAUAACCGAGUCUCUAUUAGCGUUUACUAUUUUUCGCGACGAAUUUGAUGCGUCUUUCGCCCUCAUGUUUGGCUUUCUUUUGUUUGUGAAAUCUUUCCACUGGUUAGCAAGCGAUCGAAUUGAAUGGAUGGACCAAAGGCCAUAUCCUGGGCCUCCCCUAUUGUUCCAUAUCCGAAUGACCAUUCUUUUCACGAUCCUAUGGCUGACAGACUGCGUUAUGUUUUUGUUUGCUGUCGAGCAUACUCUGAGCGCUGGAGUGGGUGGAAUGGUUCUUUUUGCUAGCGAGUACGGCAUCUUGAUGGCAAGUGUUAUAAACACGAAUCUCAAGUAUCUUCUUUCUGCAUAUGAUCUUCGUCGUGCCGGCCGUCGAGGAGGGGAAAAUGCCCCGCCAUGGGAGAACAAGAGCAUGUGGAUUUUCUACAUUGAACUUGCCACAGACUUUUUGAAGCUGACAACGUACCUCGUAUUUUUCAUAAUUAUCAUAACGUUCUACGGGUUACCGUUGAAUAUCAUUCGCGAUGUUUACAUCACUGCCAGGUCUUUCAUCACAAGACUUCGAGCUCUGCAUCGAUAUCAAACAGCCACACGCAACAUGGAUCAAAGGUAUCCAAAUGCUACGGAGGAAGAGCUUAUAGCAAUGAGUGACCGCACAUGUAUAAUAUGUCGUGAAGAGAUGGUCAACGGCGGUAUUCAGGAUCCCCCUCAACAUCCGGACGGACCCAACACUACACCCAAGAAAUUGCCAUGCGGCCAUAUUUUUCAUUUCUACUGCCUCAGGUCCUGGCUAGAACGUCAGCAAAGCUGCCCUACAUGCAGACGAAACGUACUCGAAGACUCGGUAGGAGCAGUUCCUAAUCCAGGCAAUCUACCUCCCCAACCACUACCUGGCCAACAACCUCUCAACCGAGGGGCACCCUUCAAUUUUAACAAUCGUCAAAAUAAUGCUCAGGGUGGUAAUCAUCCUCUGGGUUUUAUUGGCCGUUACAUGGGACUUCCUCAUAGGCCUGCCAAUGAAGCACCUAACAGACAAGCCAUUCCAGACAUUCUCCAGAACCAGGGGCAUGGAAAUGACCAUGCUCCUGGAAUUGUUAUCAAUUACCAGGUCCAGUAUCAACUUCCAAGGCCUAAUGAUGCCGACAACGGAGCACCACUUCAGCAACAGCAACGCCUCCCAGUUCCUACAUAUGCAGGAUUUCCUGGACCUGGUGGAGUAUGGCAACCGUGGCCCGCUGAGGGACCUGCUCCAGUUACACCAACUUCAGGAAGCUCAGAAAAUUUCCGUGAGGUUCGGGCUCAGCAGGCGGAUUCGGAAACACACCAGCAAAGCAUCCUAACGAGUGCAGGACCUUCAACCCCAACUACAGCUACUUCUUCCAAUUCUACCGCUUCCUUUGAACCAAGAGAGGCUCCCUCUGCUAGGGAAGCUGCUGUGAAAGCUGCGUUAAAUAGGUUCAAUAAUAACAGGACGGAACCUUCAGCGCCCAAAAUAGCUAUCAACCCCCCUACAGCAACCUCAUCCUCUUCAAGUCCUGCAAAUCCCACCACCAAUUCCAUGCCCUCAACCACUAUUGGGUCAGAAUCCAAUGCUGAACUACGUAGAUCCCCCGAAAAUUCUUCCCUUAGGCCUCUCCCUACAUUGAUACCUCUUUUCGAUUUUCGUCAGGGAGUGGUACCGAGACCAGCGCCUGAGCAACAAUCAACGAAUCAGGUUGUUCCACAAUACACGCAAACAACACCUCGAGGGCCGCUGCCUGCCAGAUCCUCUCCAAUGCCCACCGCCAAUACAUCAAUGACAAGUAUAUAUGGUCAACAACGACAAAUGGCUUCCCCUGAUACCUCAGCAUCACAACUACUUCCACCCAUAUUGACGGACGAACAGCUCUCUUCCCUCGACACAGUCACCAGGGAUAGUAUUGAUGAGCGUCUCCGCAUUCUGGAAGGCGUUUCGGUAUCUGUCUAUCGUUGCAUCGAUGACCUGAUGAGAUUGAGGAGCGCCCUGCCGACAGUUAAUGCCACUGUAGUGCCUACCAACAAUGGGACUGCCCCUGUCCCGAUUCCAGCAACUCAACAUAGUACGUCAGGCAGAGAAGUUGAAACUACGUCUAGCAGUCGAGGCAAAGAAAAGAUGCGGGAGCCGAGUGUUGAGGAUUCCGACCCAGGUUGUCCAGCUCAAAGCGAGGAUUCCAACCCUUCUAAUUCUAAUUAA